UUGUUGAAGCUGCUACAGCAAGAAACGAGAAGAGGAUGAAGGAGCUGGAAAAACUCAAAACAAAGGAUGCAAAGGACAGGAGAAUAGCUUUGAAGGUUGCACGAGCUGUACAGCAAGAGGAACGCAAGAAGUGGAAUAAGAACAGACCAGUGCAACACAGCUAUGGAGAAGCGGAAGGGGAAGUUGACAGCGAGAGUGACAACGAAGACGAGGAUGAGGACGAAGCCGACCGAGAGGAAGAAGAGGCCAAGGCCGCCCUGGACGGAACAGCAAUGCCACGUGAGGAAAGCGCAACUGUUAUUUCAAUAUCGAGAAAGUCUUGUGUUUGUGGAGGUACAGACCACAUGAGACGCUCAAGCAAAAAAUGUCCACAAAAUCCCAAGAUGCAAAAAGACUAGGAAGAAAAUGAUGUUUGUAUUUG